AUGGCUCACUGGCUCAAAUCAAAGGCUGUUCAUGUUAAUAGCGCCUCACCUCAAGAAUCGGUCUCGGCAACAGUAAAAAGUGUCAUUGAGUCUAUCAGAUCUGAAGGCGAUUCCGCCGUUCGACGCUAUUCCCAGAAGUUUGACAAUUGGUCACCGAUCUCUUUCAAGUUGUCCAAAGCAGACAUUGAAAAUGCCAUCUCGGCAGUCCCAGAACAGACUUUGAAGGACAUCAAGGAAGUCCAAUCGAAUGUCCGAGCUUUUGCCCUUGCACAACGUAAUUCCCUUCAUGAUUUCGAGCUUGAGAUCCAACCUGGUGUUCAUCUUGGCCAGAAAAAUGUUCCAAUCAGCUCCGUUGGCGCAUAUAUCCCAGGUGGUCGAUAUCCUCUCCUUGCUUCUGCACACAUGACUAUCCUUACUGCUAAAGUAGCAGGAGUGUUAAAUGUGAUAGGUUGCACUCCUCCGAUUUCUGGGAAGGUCCCAAAUGCCACUGUCGCAGCAAUGCAUUUUGCUGGUGCUGAUGAAAUCUUCAUUCUCGGCGGCGUUCAAGCCGUCGCCGCUAUGGCAGUAGGAACAGAAUCUAUUCAGAAGGUCGAUUUCAUAGCCGGUCCAGGAAAUGCUUUCGUUGCAGAUGCUAAGCGACAGCUCUUCGGAGAAGUUGGGAUCGAUCUUUUCGCAGGCCCAACUGAAAUCCUCAUCGUAGCGGAUGAGCACGCCGAUCCUUUUACAAUUGCAACAGAUCUCAUAUCCCAAGCUGAGCAUGGUCCAGAUACUCCAGCUGUCCUAAUUACGACUUCUGAAAACGUUGGCACGGAAGCUAUCAGGCAUGUCAAUCAAUUACUCGAACACUCUAAACUCUCCACAGCGGACAUUGCUACAGCAUCCUGGAAAACUUUCGGAGAAGUCAUCACGGUCCCUACUCUCGACGAUGCAUAUGCUCUUGCGGAUCAAUACGCUUUUGAACAUGUCCAGAUUUUCACUCAGAGACCAAGAGAAGCCCUUGAGAAAAUGAGUCACUAUGGAGCUUUGUUUCUAGGCGAGAAGACAUGCGUCUCAUACGGAGACAAGGUCAUUGGCACAAACCAUGUCCUUCCCACUCGAAAAGCAGCUCGGUAUACCGGCGGUCUGUGGGUCGGCAAAUAUCUGCGUACUGUGACUUACCAGGAGGUCACUUCAGAAAGUGCUAGUGGUAAUCUGGGUAGGCUUUGUGGACGAUCGGCCCGUGCAGAAACAUUUGAAGGGCAUGCCCGCUCGGGAGACCUCAGAGCAAGCAAGUUCCUGGGAGAUCAUCAUGUGUGGAUUGACGGCAAGAGGUCUGAUUCACGAUUGUAG